AUGGAUAAGAUUACCGGUGGAACAAUGGCUAUUAGUCUAUGCCGCAAACUGAUUUCAACAUUAUUUGGAUCAUUUCUCGGAGCGUAUAUCGGACAGUUUGAAACCAUAUUAAGAGACGAACAUGUUGGUGGAGCCACUGGUGGAAUGUUAGGAUUCGUGAUUGCAGAGGUUUGGCUGAAACAUUACCCGCCUGUUUCUCGAUUCGGAAAGAGAGAAUUUUGA